GUAUGACAGCUAUGGCCGUCUGACCAACGUGACCUACCCUACUGGCCGGGUUAGCAGCUACCGUACAGACACAGACAGCUCCGUCAGGGCGCAGGCAGAGGGCUCCAGCAAGGAAGACAUCACCAUCACCACCAACCUGUCUGCCUCGGGAACCUUCUACAUGCUCAUGCAGGACCAAGUGAGGAACAGUUACUACAUCGGCCUGGACGGCUCUCUGCGUCUGGUGCUGGCCAACGGUAUGGAGGUGUCCCUGCACACGGAACCCCACCUGCUGGCCGGGACGGUCAACCCUACGGUCAGCAAGAGGAAUGUAACCCUGGCCAUCGACAACGGCCUCAACCUGGUAGAGUGGAGGCAGCGUAAGGAGCAGGCCCGAGGACAGGUGACCGUGUACGGACGACGGCUCAGG